AUUGGCAGAGAGGGGUGGAGGACACUGAGUGGAGGCCAGUGGAGGGAUUGGCAGAGAGGGGUGGAGGACACUGAGUGGAGGCCAGUGGAGGGAAUGGCAGAGAGGGGUGGCAGAUACAGAACGGUUAGUAAGGUGGAUGAGUCUGGCAGCAGCAUUCAUGAUAGACUGAAGAGGGGAUAGCCUGCGAUGAGGUCGGCCAAUGAGGAGGGAGUUACAAUAGUCAAGGCCAGAGAUAACCAGGGAGUGAAUAAGAUGCUUAGUGGUUUCUGAGCUUAGGAACGGGCGUAUCUUGGAGAUGUUGCGGAGGACAGAUGGGAGUCUAG